UUGCUCCAUCUUGUGGCUCCAUAAAGUGGUUACUGCGAAAAGCUGAACUGUCAAAACUUUGGACGAUCAACGUCAAUAGCAGUCAAGAGUUGAUGAUUUCGUAUGGAGUCAUGAUAUAUAGGUUAACAUUUUGAAAAAUUUCAUCUUGAACACAUAGAUGAACAUGGAAUACGUCGACAAUUCGAGCUACAUCCAAAGUAUUUGGGCUCCGAUAGCCUCUGUGGGAUGGUACAUUGUAGGACUCGGGAUUAUUGCGAUAUAUACGUUUCCACAUAUUCAAGAAAGAUACAAAAAGUGGAAACUCGCAAAAAAUCAGCGAGAUGCUGCACUUGGCAAGAAGACUGACGAAUUGCCGCAGUUGUCAGCUAACGUGGAACUAGCUCGACAAAAAUUGCAAGAAGCAUACGACAAGAGUCGUGUCUUAGCGCAAGCCAAGGAAGAAGAGGAAAAAGAAAGAAAGAGGCAGAAGGUCUUGAAAUUAUUGGAAAAUAAAAACGUAGGUACAAGACUCGGUCACGGCACUGAUGACGAUAUACCUAGUACAAGUACAAGUACAAAAUCAAAGUCAUUAAAAUCAGAGUAUAAUCCUUUAAUGGGUGAUAAUACUCGUGGAUAUCGUCCUCCAAAACGAACCUGUUGCAAGAAGGGUGGAUGUGGUUAAUCAUAAAUUUAUGAAAUCUCAAAAAACUAUUGACAUUCUUAUAAGAGACUUAAAAGAAGAUAAAGAGAGAAGAAAAAUCAUGAGAUCGAAUAGGUACAUUUGAAUUAUAAUGCUUAACGACUUUUUACCAAAUAAGUUUCAAUAAUUGUUAAAAAAAAUUGAUAUAUGUAUAAGUAUUAAUUUCUGUGCAAUUCUAAAGAAUUAAUAAACUAAAAGAUUGAUUUUAUAGCAAAUUAAGAUGUAGAUUUCAUAUACUUUUACUUAAUUACUUAAUAAAUCGUAAUAAAUUCUUUAAGGUUCCCGUU